UCGAGUCUUAUGUUACAGACUUUGACCCGGAGGCGGUUGUGUUGCAGUCUUACCUCACAGCUCAACAUGUGGAAGUUGGAGGUGUUUUGCUCCUUGUUUUUGGCCCUUUUUGCCAGUGUGCAGGGUGCAGUUCCUCCUCCGUGUGACAGUGACAUAUACUGCACUGGGCCCAUCCUGCACCAGGUCCAGGAAGCUAAACUGUUUGAUGAUGAUAAACAUUUUGUUGACAUGAAGCUGAGGUCAGCUCCUGGUGACGUUUUGUCGGCCUUUCGCAACCUUUCCAGCAAAUUUCCUAAUACGACCGUCCCGCCUGCCCAACUGUACGAGUUCCUCAACGUGAGCUUUGAUGAACCGGGGACUGAGUUUGAGUCAUGGUCUCCUCCAGACUGGCGUGAGAAGCCUCACUUCCUCGCUGGGAUAGUGGACGAUAAACUACGUGCGUGGGCAGAGGAGAUCCACGGUCUGUGGAAGUCUCUGGGCAGAAAGAUCCGUUCUGGUGUUAAAGAUCACCCAGAGCUCUACUCUCAGAUCUACACCCCACAUCCUGUUGUUGUGCCAGGGGGGCGCUUCAGGGAGCUCUACUAUUGGGACUCCUACUGGGUCAUCAACGGGCUCCUGCUGUCAGAGAUGACAGAUACAGCCCGUGGAAUGAUUCAAAACCUCCUCUACCUUGUCAACAGAUAUGGCUUUGUUCCAAACGGUGGGCGGAUUUACUAUGAAAGGCGCAGUCAGCCUCCAUUCCUCACUCUAAUGGUGGAGAGCUACUAUCAAGCAACCAAGGAUAAAGAGUUCCUCAGAGCGGCUUUGCCAGUCCUGGAGGUGGAGUACCGGUUCUGGAUGCAGAACCGUUCUGUGGCUCUGGAAGCAAAAGGGAAGGAACACGUACUGAACCGGUAUUAUGUGGAGGUGGGCUUGCCUCGGCCCGAGUCGUACACAGAUGAUGUGGAAUUAGCCGAGGGGCUCACUGACGGCAAGAAAGAGCAGCUGUGGAUGGAUCUGAAAGCGGGUGCAGAGUCUGGUUGGGACUUUAGUUCCCGCUGGUAUGUAGAUGAUGACGACCACAACAACGGCACCCUCAGAGACACCCGCACCAGUCAGAUCCUGCCCGCUGACCUCAACGCUUUGCUGUGCCGCAACGAGAAAACCCUUGCAUCAUUUCAUCGGGUACUCGGUGAUAGUGACUCAGCUGCAGUGUACCAACAGGCUGCGGCACGGAGACUGGAGGCGAUAGAGUCUGUGCUUUGGGAUGCUGAGAGGGGAGCCUGGUUUGACUACAACCUGGUAACGCACUCCAAAAACUUUGAUUUCUACCCCUCCAACCUGGCACCUGUUUGGGCACAGUGUUACUCUGAGCCACCUCAGGCUGAGAAGGCGGUGCAGUAUCUGAAGGGAAGUGGAGCUCUGCAGUUCCCCAACGGAGUUCCAACAUAACUGAGAGAGUCUGGGCAGCAGUGGGACUACCCUAAUGCAUGGCCCCCUCUGCAGCACAUGCUCAUUGACGUAAAAGAUUUCCCAGCUGAGAUGCCUAUUAGCACACACAGAUGCUCAAAGAAUGCUUCUAAAACUAGGAUCCCACAUGAGAAAAGGCUCAUUCAGAGGUUUAUCCAGGCUUCCUUCAGAAGAUGCUAAAAAACUCUCCUUCGAUUUGGCCCAGCGCUGGAUCAAGACAAACUGGCUGGCAUACAUUAAGUAUGAAGCCAUGUUUGAAAAGUACGAUGUGAACGGAGAUGGGAAACCUGGAGCUGGAGGAGAAUAUGAAGUUCAGCUGGGCUUCGGUUGGACCAACGGCGUGGCGCUGCAGCUUCUGCACCAAUAUGGGGCGACUCUGACCUCAGGAGGGAGAUGUGUCUGUUCUGGCCUCCUGCUGCCGCUGGUCGUAGUUAGCAUCAUGCUUCAGCGAGUCGGAGGUGUCGGCGCCUGAGUGAAGGUUGGAUUUGAUUGGUCCUGCUUUCACACCUGCAGCUGACCGACUUUAAACAAACACAGACUGACAGAAUUAAGACUUCAGCGUUCACGCUGCAUCUUCUAUGAUCCUGAUAACUUGUAGAGGGAAGAGGGCAGAAUUUAUUGUAACUAAGGAUUACACUGAUGAAUAUUUUAGUUGGAAGUGCUGCAUGGUGUUAUCAGAAGGCACAGAUCAUUUAGGCAUGCCUGGCCUCUCUCCAGCGAUGCAGGCUGCUGCUCAGAUUACAACAUUAACUCGUCCUAAAUAUUGAACUGACAUUACAAACAGCUUUUCACCUAAUUCACUUAUAAAUUCACUUAUAAACUUUAUUGCCGUGCUGCAGCUCAGCUCCCACGGAGCCCCUUUAUCUGCAUGCAAACUCAAGUUGGAAUGGAAAUGAGUCCAUGUGAGAAAUCAGAUGUGGUCUGACUGCAUUAAAUAUUUUUAAGCCAUAAAGCUGCUUUAAUUCAUUUUUCAAUGAAUGUUAGAUGACAUUUUUAAUAUAUCAAAUUAUUAAACAAGGGGGGAAAAACAAUGUUACAGUCUGAGGACUAGAACUUCUAUAAUUUUAAUAAAGUGUGGGGGAAUUAAUUUUCCAGCUGUGCGUCAGAAGCAUAACUGAAUGUUAGAAUGACCUUUGCCCCUUUUAAAAAUAUGCGCAGUAAACGUGUGAACGCUGCAAAGUGUUUGGAACGAAGAGAGACGUCAGAACAGGAAGAAGUGGAUGUGAAUUGUUCUCAGUGUGUAAAUGAUAUUUAAAGCCAUCAUGGGAGCAGCAGAAUCAGCCGCUAACAAUGAGAUAUUAUUAUAGAGCUAAUUAAGCAUCGCUGCAGAAAAACCAACAGUAUCUUGUUUCUUUAUAUGACAAUCUGAAAGAAUGUAACUGUUUUCUCCUUUCUGAAUGAACUGCUACAGUUAAAGCAUUAAAAUCAUUUAGUUUGA